UGAUGUAGAUCAUCAAAAAGCUGACUAGGUUAGUAUCCAUGAGUGUAUAUGCCAGCUGCUGAUUCUAAUCCAUACGUCCCUCCCUCGUGUCCUGUCUGAAGGAGAAAGAAAACAUGGCAUGGAGCAGCUGUCCCGUUACCACGUUUCCCUGCAGAAAUACAUCAUGGAUCUCGCCUUGAGCACUGCCCAGGAGUUUAUUUGGGAUGGAAAGCACGAAGAAGCGAUACCUGUAGCUCUGCAAGCGCUGCACUUCGGUGCUGAAGUGUACGGCCCCGAUUCUCUGCGCUUGGUUCCCGCUUAUCUCCUCUUGGCUGAGGCCUCCACUGGUAUUGGCCAUCUCCCGCAGGCAUUUCAGUGUCUCGCCCAAGCCGAGUGGAUUGUCCUCAGGACUCCAGGCUGCAGUGCUGCUCUUGAGCAUAAGUUACAUCGCUGCCUGGCGCUGUGCUGCGUCGCCGAAGAGAACUUCGAACGGGCUUUAUAUCACCUGGCCAACGAUCUUUAUCUUGCUAGUUCUGCAUUUGGACUAAAAUCGAUUGAGACCUCUGAAGGGUAUUUCCACAUGGCUAACAUUUUCUUUCACCAGAACAAAACGGACGUAGCAAACUCACUCUAUGCUGAGGUAACUGACAUCUGGCAUGCCUUUCUCGUGAGGUCAGUUCGAGCGCAAGAGCAAAUUCUCAGGUCCCAGCCGGAAAUGUCUCCGUUCACCGAGGACGAGGAAGUCAGCAAAGUCCGUAUGACUGAAACUCAGCGAGCAGAAGCCGCCCGAGUACUGACCGCAGUGUUAGAGAUCAGGGAACAGGCACCACAGCAACAACCCAAGGAAACUUCCAGAGUUCUGCAUGCUCUCGCCAUGCUUUAUUACCUGAGCGGGGAUUUAGUGAAGGCUCGUGAAGCGGGGAUGAAAGCCUUCGACCUGGCGAAACAACUGCCCCAACAGGAGCCUCUGGAAGCCAUCGGUCAUUUGUUAAAGUUGAUUAACUCCAAGCUCCCCUACACAAAAUAA